GAACUGUCAUUUAAAUCACAUCUUUUCGGUUUGUCACUGUCAUAAUUUUUUAGUCUUCCUUCCCGUGAAUUGGAUUGAACCAUUAUUAUUUUCAAAAUAUACGGUGAAUUUACAAAUGUUUGCCACAUCACAAUAGUGCAUUCCUUAACACAUCACAUACGUAACCUUUCAUCUGGCUCAUGGAUUAAAUUUGGAUUGGUUUAACGUAGUUUUGGUGACCUCGUCGACUGAAGUUGGGACUAUCGUGCGAUUGUUUAGGUAUGUCGGUUUGGUCAGCCAGUUCAGUUGGAAAUAACUAUCGCUGCGUAAGCCCUAGCAGUCGGUACGGUCAAUCUAAUAGCUGGUGUCCCAAACUUAGCAAGGGAAGCCAGUUGAGUUGUAAUAUCCGUGUGUGAUACAGCAAGCUGAAGACUUUCCUCACCUGUGUGUUAACUUAAUCACAAGUGCACCAUGUCGGGCGAGGCGCCGCUGCAGUCGGCGGACGGGCUGCACACGCCCGCAUACCUGUCCUGGAGGAAGCUGCAGCUCAGCCGCGCCAAGCUGAAGGCCUCCAGCAAGACUUCCGCUUUGCUCUCGGGAUUCGCUAUGGUAGCCAUGGUGGAAGUGCAGCUCAACCCUCCCGAGUCCACCAAGGUGCCUCCUUCCAUGCUGGUGGCUUUUACCGUCUGCACCACGCUGCUUGUGGCGGUGCACAUGCUGGCCCUCAUGAUCAGCACCUGCAUCCUGCCCAACAUCGAGGCGGUGGGCAACUUACACAGCAUUGCCCUCGUCCACGAGUCGCCGCAUGAAAGACUGCACUGGUACAUUGAGAUAGCCUGGGCGUUUUCUACCCUGCUAGGGCUAAUAUUGUUCUUAGUAGAGAUAGCGAUUCUCUGCUGGGUUAAGUUUUAUGAUUUGAGUGUGACGGCAGCGUGGUCGGCCUGUGUCGUGCUGAUUCCUGUCAUGAUUGUUUUCUUGGCGUUCGCGAUUCAUUUCUACAUGUCUCUAGCGAACCAUAAGUAUGAGGUGACGGUCACCGGGAUCAAAGAGUUGGAAGCGCUCAAUGCUCGCAUGAAUAACCUCACGCUACUAGACCAGGAGCAAGUCGUAUGAUUACUAUUGUACAUGUUUAUAUGAGUAUUGGAUUGUUUACUUAUUUAGUUUUUUUCAGGGAAAUUUUAUUUAAGUACCUCUGUAAGUGAUGUAUGGUGCAUAUUGUAAAGGUACUUAGAUGUUAGAUUGUACUUAUUUCAGGGCAAUAAUGUGCAUGAACUGCGCGCGUGUGCACUGUGAAUAGUUUGCAGCUAGAUAGUGCGGGGCAAUUUAGUCGCUUCUUAGUUCCUUAUUACUAGGUUUAUAAGAUUUACUAUUCAAUAAGAAAGACUAAAUUGCCUAUAUGGAUAUUUUGUACCUCAGCUAAGUGCAAUUAUAAGAAUUGGGUACGGAAAGUUACACACCCUUCCAUUCCCUACCAAAUAUUUUGUAACAUUUAGAUUCCUUUGUUUUACAUGACUUCUUACUAGAAUCUCCAUUAUCAUGAUAAAAGGACAAUAUACUUUAGUUGUUAUGUAGUACGUAUAUACUUAAUACACGAGACAUCUAUCUUAUUUAAAUUAUAAUGUUAUUUAUUUCGUUCAAAUAAUUUAAUUAUUCCUAAACAUUUCUUGUUUGUUUAGGAUUUAUAAUUAGACCCUAGGCGGAUAGUUAAGUCGCCUACCUACUAUAAACCUAUGUGCAUUCACAAUUCACAAAAUAAUUUACAAUUAAUUGACAUGUUACUUAAAUAACGUAUCUUUAUACAAUUGAGCGUAAGAUUUGGAUCUCUGUGAUAUAUUAAUGACAUAAUAUUUCAGUGUUUUAGAAUAAGAAUUUAUUUGCUCAUUCAUGAACAGUUAUUGGUAACAAUUUUAUACACAUUUUUAAACAGUGAUCUGAAGUUGAAUAAUAAAUUAAUCCAUUUGAUCGAUACAA